AUGGUGGCUGUUGUGCAUUGUUUGCAAGUGUGGAGAGUGUACUUGCUGGGCACGAAAUUUGUAGUGUUGACAGACAAUGUGGCCAAUAUUUUCUUCAAGACACAAAAGAAGUUAUCCCCAAAACAGGCUCGGUGGCAAGAACUUUUGGUUAAGUAUGAUUUUGCAUGGCAACACAAGCUAGGAAGGCACAAUCAAGUUGUUGAUGCUUUGAGCAGGAAACAUGUGGUUGUUGUUCUAUAUGCAAUAACUCGGGUGGAAUCUGACAUGUUAGAUAGGUUGCGAAUGGCUGCCGAUCAAGAUGCCGAAUAUAAGGACUUGGUGACACAAGUUCGUGGUGAUACUAUACGACGUUAUUGGUUAGAUGAUGGGUCUACUGCAAUAGUUCGGAUGAAAGAUUUUGAAGCUAAUGUUUCAUGCAGGGUUAGAGGCAUCUACUGCUGUAAUGGCUUGGAGAAGCAGGAAUUCAAAUCUGGUUUAAAAUUUUAG